CCUGCAGAGGGAGUUUGUUUUCUCACCUCCAGGCCGAACCCUGCCGUCCCACGGUGCAUUGCUGCGUCACCGCCGUCCACCAUGUCGGACGCCCCCGAGGCUGCGCCCCCCAGCCCCCCUGCCCUCACCAAUCCGGCCCCCCCGGAGGUCACCAACCCCACCAAACCGGGCAGAAAGACCAACCAGCUGCAGUACAUGCAGAACGUGGUGGUGAAGACUCUGUGGAAGCAUCAGUUCGCUUGGCCCUUCUACCAGCCGGUCGACGCCAUCAAGCUGUGUCUGUCGGACUACCACAAGGUGAUCAAGAACCCCAUGGACAUGGGAACCAUCAAGAAACGCCUGGAGAACAACUACUACUGGAGCGCCAGUGAAGCCAUGCAGGACUUCAACACCAUGUUCACCAACUGUUACAUUUACAACAAGCCCACAGAUGACAUCGUCCUCAUGGCUCAGGCUUUAGAGAAGAUUUUCCUGCAGAAAGUUGCUCAGAUGCCUCAAGAAGAAGUUGCUCUGCUGCCUCCAGCUCCUAAAGGCAAGAACAAGAGCAAGCAGCCAGCUGCUACCACAGGUAAUACUACAGGUAAUACUAUAGGGAGUGCUGCAGGUACCUCCUCCUACCCCUCCCCGUCCCCCUCCCAGACACCUGUCAUCUCGACCACGCCCACACCUGUCCAGGCCACGCCACCAGUCUCUGCCCCGCAGCCCCCGGCAACCAUGAUGCCGUCUGCACAGCCUGUCGUCAAGAAGAAAGGUGUGAAGAGGAAAGCCGACACCACCACUCCGACCACGUCGGCCAUCUCUGCUGGUCGCGCCGACUCUCCGUCCGCUCAGGACACCAAACCGGGCAAACUCGGCUCGUCCCGCCGUGAAGCCGCUGCCCGCCCGGCGAAGACCCGGCGGGAGACGGGUGAGGAGGUGGCAGGGGGCGAGGUGGGUGGCGGCGGCGGCGGUGGCGGAGCGGGCGGGAGGAAAGGCGGGAAGCUGGGCGAGCAGAUGAAGCACUGCGACGCCAUCCUGAAGGAGAUGCUGUCAAAGAAGCACGCCGCAUACGCCUGGCCCUUCUACAAGCCGGUGGACGCCGAGGCGCUGGAGCUGCACGACUACCACGACAUCAUCAAACACCCCAUGGACCUCAGCACCGUCCGGAAAAAGAUGGACAAAGGCGAGUACAGCGACCCUCAGAGCUUCGCCACCGACGUCAGGUUAAUGUUCUCCAACUGCUACAAGUACAACCCUCCGGACCACGAGGUGGUGGCCAUGGCCCGCAAGCUGCAGGACGUGUUUGAGAUGCGGUUCGCUAAGAUCCCCGAUGAGGGCCUGGAGGCGUCGGUCCCUUCCACCACCCCAUUGGUCAGUAAAAGCACCGCCUCCUCUGACAGCAGCAACAACUCCUCCUCCGACGAAUCGUCCGACUCCGAGGAGGAGCGAGCCACGCGAUUGGCUGAGCUUCAGGAGCAGGUUGGUGCUGCCGACCAAUCACAGUUGAAGGCGNUGCACGAGCAGCUGGCUGUCCUGUCCCAGGCUCCGGUCAGCAAGCCAAAGAAGAAGAAAGAGAAGAAAGACAAGGAGAAGAAGAAGGAUAAGGACAAAGAUAAAGGGAACAAGGGCAAGAUGGAGGAGGAGAAGAAGCCGAAGGCCGCCGCCCAGCAGCCCAAACCGGCCAAUCAGAAGAAAGCGCCAGCCAGAAAAGCCAACAGCACGGUGACAGCCACCAGGCAACCGAAGAAAGGCAGCAAGACGUCGGGCAGUGGCUCCGCCAACGGAGACGACGGCGAGGAGUCGUCCCUGCCAAUGUCGUACGACGAGAAGCGGCAGCUGAGUCUGGACAUCAACCGGCUGCCGGGCGAGAAGCUGGGCCGGGUCGUCCACAUCAUCCAGUCCAGAGAGCCGUCGCUGAGGGACUCGAACCCCGACGAGAUCGAGAUCGACUUUGAGACGCUCAAACCCUCCACACUCCGAGAGCUGGAGCGCUACGUCAAGUCCUGCCUGCAGAAGAAGCAGAGGAAGCUGCUGCAGAAGGCGGCGGGAGGCGGGGCCUCGGGAGGCGGGGCUAGUCGUUUGAGUGGCAGCUCCUCUUCCUCCUCUGAUGACAGCUCCUCAACAGGAACCUCCUCUUCCUCCGACACAGACUGAACA